AUGUCUUUUAAACGAAGAAUUGCACCUGGAUUACAAAAUGUGCAAAAAGCAUUAGAGACAUCUUUAGAUACAGAAGAAACUUUAGACAGUGGAGUAUGUCCAUCUCCGCUUAAUGGAAUCCAUAUUACAAGCUCAGGCUGCUCAUCUCUUGAUUCAAUUAUUGGUUUUGGGGGUCUUCCACUAGGAAUGUGUUUUUUGAUUGAAGAAACUGGAACAACUGAUUUUUCAAGUUCUUUAUUGCGUUAUUUUUCAGCAGAAGGCAUUAUUCAUGGACAUGCAAUUUGGUCAGGUGGCAUUUCAAAAACAUGGUUUCAAGAUUUACCAGACGCAGAUUUAAAUAUAUAUCAUGAAAAAAAUAAAUCAUCUGAUGAUAUUAUGAAAAUAGCAUGGAGAUACCAUCAUCUAGGGGAUUUUAAGGAUAAUUUUGGAUUAAAUAAAGGCCCGGGCAUUAAUAAAUCCAAAAACAUAGAAUAUUGCCAUACUUUUGAUCUUUCAAAACGCUUGAGAAUACCGCAUACAGCAUCCAUCACAUGUUCAAAAGUUCUCCCUAUGUCAUCUAAACCUUACAGCGAAUUUAUAUCAGAAAUUCUUAAACUUUUAUCUUCAGAAUCUCCCAAGACAAUACGAUUAGUAAUUCCAAAUAUUCUUUUACCUAUAGUUUAUCCUUCUGAAUCUUUAAAACACAAAAAUAUACUUGAAUUUUUUCACACAUUAAGAGCACUUUUAAGAACAUAUUCUAAUCGUCUGGUCGCUAUGAUAAGUAUUUCAACACAAUUAUAUUCUCGAGAAACUGGUAUAGUUCGUUACUUGGAAUUAUUAUCUGACGGUGUUCUCGAAUUGAUUCCUUUUUUAAAUACUGAUUCUACAAAUGAAUUUCAAGGUCUUCUAAAGUUGCACAAACUUCCAUUUUCUCAAAAUUCAAUCAAUCAUGAUAAUGAUUUAGCAUUUAAAAUUAGUCGUAAAAAGUUUUCAAUUGAGCCAUGGUCAUUACCUCCUGUUGAUGAAAAAGAAUCUUACAUAGGAAAUAAAAGUGAUACAUCUAUUUCAGUAGAUUUUUAA